GAUGCCCCGCACUCGGUGCGCCUUCCGCGGACCGGGCGACCGAGUGUGCAGCGAGAGCCCUACUCUCUGUCUGGCUGACCCCGCGCCAAGCCGGGGCGGCUCGGGCCGCGGCCGCACACCGCGCCCCGCGUCGACAGCGCAGGCCCGAAAGACCCGCCGCACUGACAGCAUGAGCCGCACGGCCUACACUGUGGGAGCCCUGCUUCUCCUGUUGGGGACCCUGCUGCCCACCGCUGAAGGGAAAAAGAAGGGGUCCCAGGGUGCCAUCCCCCCGCCAGACAAGGCCCAGCACAAUGACUCAGAGCAGACUCAGUCUCCCCAGCAGCCCGGCUCCAGGAACCGGGGGCGCGGCCAAGGGCGAGGCACCGCCAUGCCCGGCGAGGAGGUGCUGGAGUCCAGCCAGGAGGCCCUGCAUGUGACUGAGCGCAAAUACCUGAAGCGGGACUGGUGCAAAACCCAGCCGCUGAAGCAGACCAUCCACGAGGAGGGCUGCAACAGCCGCACCAUCAUCAACCGCUUCUGCUAUGGCCAGUGCAACUCCUUUUACAUCCCCAGGCACAUCCGGAAGGAGGAGGGCUCCUUUCAGUCCUGCUCUUUCUGCAAGCCCAAGAAAUUCACCACCAUGAUGGUCACCCUCAACUGCCCUGAACUGCAGCCGCCCACCAAGAAGAAGAGGGUCACUCGAGUCAAGCAGUGUCGAUGCAUAUCCAUCGAUCUGGAUUAAGCUGGGCACACCCAGCCUGUCCUCGGGAUGCAGCCCCAGGCGGGCCCAGAGCCAGACCUAAAACCACCCGAUUCUUACUUGGCUUUAAACCUACAGGCAAGAAGAACCACCAGCUGCCUUCUGACAGGAGCCUGCUAGUGCGUAGUUAGUGUGCGUGAGUGUGCAUGGGUGUCUGUGGGUGUUUGCAGACACCAGAGGAGGGCACUUCCUAGUGUGUAAGCCUUUCCGUUUCCAUGGGGAUGGCCCAGAAAGCCCACACCAGGGAAGGCACAUGAAGAGGGGCAGGGCUGUGGUCUGGUUCUGCCUGUGUAUUACAUGUGCCCUCCCUCCCUGGGGGCCAGAAUCCCCCUCCCGAAUGAAUGUUAACAGAAGAGGCUACUCUGACCGCAAGAGACCUGUUGUAGUGCUGCAUUAUACUCGGCAAAGGUGUUUCCACCUGUGCAUGCUUCCCUUCCACAGCCCAUCCCUUCUUAGGCUCUCAGUGACCGUUUCAAUCUAAUCCCCUAUCUGCUAAGGGCUCUAAAUGAGCUCACUUGACCAUAGAUGCAAAUGUUUCUCAUUUGGGGAAGACUCUUCGGACUCGGAGAGGCUGGUGUGUACAUGGGCAAGAAGGACAUAGGAGUGAGAGAAGGGAGGGAUUGAUGGGGAGGACCAGCUGGGCACAGCAAAGUUCAGGGAGAUGUGCAGGGUCUUGAAAGGCCACUCCCCGAACACAGGGCAACCCCAGGCUUCAGCAAGUCUUUCCCUGCUAUUUAACUGAAACCAAGUGAACGGAGGAGAAAUGGAAUUGCCAAAUCCUCAUUGACCGUGGCCGUCACCAUGAUCUGCUGAAAUUGGCUGUAACCCAACACCAAACUUAAAACAUAAAUAUUGACCACUCCUAUUUUCAGAACCGAGUGAGCUGAACCAAGACAAAUCCUCCCCCUUCACCCC